UUAAAGGGCGGCUGCUUCCACAACAGUGAGAGACCCUGCCCUUUACAGUACAUAAUAGCCUCGUUUUCAGCACGGACAUCUGUUCUUCUUCUCUGCCACUUUGCGGUGGAAUGUUGUUUUACUUGUUGGGCUCUCAGAGCGUUUUGGUUUUUUAUUUAUGUGUAGAAGUGUGUGGUGAGGAGAUUUUUACGACGUCUUGAGGAAGGUAGACAGGUGUGAGAUCUUUGGAGGUUUAAGUCGGAGGAAGUUAGGUGAGGUUUGGGAGAGAGUUGUGAGCGUGUUUUUUAUAAUAUUAUCGGUUUAGUGGUUGGCAAUGGGGCUUUUGGACAAGCUCUGGGACGAUGUGCUUGCGGGGCCACAACCUGACAAGGGUUUGAAGAAGCUGCGCAAGGAGCGUAUAGCUGCUGGCUUGUCAGAUGUUUUCCAAGACGAAAACGAUGAUUUUGCUCAUCGGAUGAUCGACCGCCGGGGAAGUGCGGAAUAUCACCAUUCCCAAGCUGAUUCGCGUCGCGUGAGUAAAAGCAUUUCAAUCAAGAAGCCCAUCAUGCUGCGUCCUCUGGACACUGAUUCUCCGAUGAAUUCUCCUGGAAUCUACGGAUCUAGUCCCCCUGCAUCGCCGUCUCUAGCAUCGCCGUCUCUAGCAUCGCCUUCUUCGGCAUCACCUUCUCCAAGCAUUUUUCGGGAGAAAGAUCGAAGGUGGCGUAGUAUGUUCCAUCCUGAAGGCAGAGAGAUGUCGCGAAGCUGCUCCGCUAAAUUUGAGCAUGUGCCCCCACCCAAUUCUCCGACAGUGUAUGACUGGGUGGUCAUUUCUUCCCUAGAUCGCUAAGCGCAGCCGUUAGGCAGCGUAGCGGCUCAUCUUGGUCUUGCGCAAGGGUUACUCUUUUUGACCUCCUGACUUGGAGAGGAGAAGGAUAAUGUCUCAGAGUGUAGGGGUUUCGUUCAGCGUCGGCGAAUUGGAGCCGGUAACAUAGAGUGGGAACUCUAUGUUGGUGCAGCCACAGCGAGGUGCAAGCUUUGUAAUCGAAACUUGUUGGGGUAGUGGUGCUGAAAGUAAGAGGCCCUCCUCUCACCCGCUGAUCUAGUAAUGUAAGCGAGAUUACAAGAGAGAAGUAACUGUAGACUAAUGCAGAUCUUGAAAACUGUUCCGACCGAGCUUCAGUAACAGAGGAUGAUGUGGUACUUGAGUUGAUACGGAAGAAGUAACUGUCAGCCAAUCUAACAAUCAAGGUGGUUGUUCUAUGUCGUCUUUUGAGACAUACGAACACAACUUCGUAUAUUAAUGAAAAAUUGGUAGCGAUGAGGUGAGCGUUCUGAUCCAUGGCCUUGGGCAUGGGGUUCUAUAGUUAAGAACGCCGAGUCAGUAAAUAGCCUGCAGUUGGGGUGCGGAGGUUUCCGUGCAGUGUACCCUAUGCACGUACUGUCAAGUGCCGGGUAAGGUCCUUUUGCGAUGGAAGUUGGAUGCGUUGCCAGUCCAAUGCGUUUUGUAGGAUAUGAACAUCGCAAGUCUUGCUCUUUUUUGUAUAUUUACUGGCAAGGGAUCUUUUGUAAAGUAGGGAAGUAGUUUGCAGCAGUGGUUAGGGAGAUGGAUAUAUCAUGUAGAUAUAUAAAAUGGGGAGAUGAUCCAUAUUAUAUCCUAAAUUUGAUUGAAGGUUAUGAUUCAAGGGUAGGCAGAUCUAAGUGAGUAGAUUCUAUUUAAGCACUGUUAAUUCGUAUGUAUGUGCACCACAAUGUAUUAUAAGCUCCUGUGCCUUCUUUUCCUUA